GGAGGGUCGCAGGUUCGGAAUUCAGGAUUGGAUCCUGGUUACCACGGACGCGAGCCUCCGAGGAUGGGGAGCGGUCACACAGGGAAAACAUUUUCAGGGUCUUUGGUCAGACCAGGAGUCCUGUCUACACAUCAAUGUGUUGGAACUCAGGGCCUUCGACAAGCGGAGAGUUUUCUUCGAAACCUACCGGUUCUGAUUCAAUCAGACAAUGUCACAGCAGUGGCUCAUGUGAACCGCCAAAGGCGGGACAAAAAGCAGAGUCGCAAUGGCGGAAGCCACAAGGAUCCUUCGCUGGUUGGAAAAUCAUGUAAGCGCUCUGUCAGCUGUCUUCAUUCCGGGAGUGGACAACUGGGAAGCAGACUUCCUCAGCAGACACGAUCUCCAUCCAGGGGCAAUAUUUACUAAUAUUCGUGUUUGAGUCGGUUUGUGUAGUGUUUAAACUCGUUUUGUAUCGGGUGCAUUUUCAUGCAACUUUUUGAAUCCAUAUACGCAAAGUUACGAAGCAGUCGACUUUAUGGUUUUCGUGUUUUCCGAUGUCGAUGCCAGUCGGGUUUUUUUGGCACAUUUACGGCCGUCAUUGUCGUUUGCGUACGUGUUUUUGUGUUUUUGUUGGAUUUGCUGUUUUUUUCCCUAAGUUAAACACGGCAGGGUUUAUUUUUCCCGCUGCCGCAUUUUCACUUUCAGUUUCGAUUUUCACCCCCGUUCGUGAUUGGUUGUGUUUCAGAUGGUAGGAGUGUCUGCGCGCAACCAUAUAAAUACGCCCCAAACCGUCCGCACCUAGUGGGUUUAGUUAGUGGUGAGGAGGAGGGAGGUUGUGCUGUGGAGGUAGGUGAAUUUGUGGUUUGGUGAGGAGAGUUGGUAGCGAUUUCUGAGUGUGGUAUUGUGUUUGAAAGUCGUCUUGUCAUUCUUGUUGUCUUGUAUUUUGUGGUUUUGUCUCAUUUUUAGUCCAAGUUAUUUUUCUUUAUAGUCCCUUGUCAGUGUGUGUGUGUGUGUGUGUGUGUGUGUGUGUGUGUGUGUGUGUGUGUGUGAGUUGUGUAGUGGUAGUGGAGGAGUGUGUUGUUUGUCUUUUUUUUAUCCUGUGUUAACUGUUUAGACACACAAUUAUGUGUGACUCAGAGGUGGAGGGUGUGAGUGAGGGGGAGGAGGUCGGUCAAGUGGAUGAGGUGAGUGUUAGUGAGGUUAGUGAGGUGGAGGAGGUGGGUGAGGUUGCUGCAGCAGCCUCAAGUGACCGUGACAGUCAGAGUGCUCCGCAGCCACGCACCACUACUAAGACUGGGCGGAAUGUUAAGUUUAGUUUUGCUGAAAAUGUGGCAUUGGUGCGUGAGCUGAUGAAGUAUCAGAGGCAGCUAUUUGGCCCUGAGUCCGCCAAGGUGCCAACACGGAGGAAGACGGUGCUGUGGUCGAAAGUAGUUGCUGCUGUCAAUAGUGAGGGGGUGGUCAAGCGGACGGAGGACACAUGCCGCAAACGGUACUAUGACAUAAAGCGACGUGUCAAGUCCAAAAUGGCCAAGGAGGCCAAGUCGGCUCGGCAAACCGGUGGUGGCCAGCCCUAUAUUGCAAGUUAUCUGGAGUAUGAGGAGCCCAUGCGGAGUGUAAUACCUCCUGAAGUUGUCUCUGCAACCCAUGUCCGGGAUUCAGAUAGGCCAAGGAAGAAUGUGUCUGAAAAAAGCAGUACUACUCGUCGGCCAGUAAAUCCUAACACAUCUGAUUAUGAUGACGCUGCUGAAGCAGGUCCAUCAAAAGAAGUAUGGCGCAGCAGAAGUGGCUCUUCUGUAAGACAUCACCACAAGAAACCUGUGGCCGAAAAGAAAGCAAGGUCGUCUGUCCCGGCACAAACACAGCAGGUUACCCCGCCACGAAGAUUAUCGUCCGUAUGUUCUGUCCCCCCACUCCAAAUUUUGGACACACCUCCAAGACGUCAUCCACACUCCCCUCAUCUUGAUUUGGACAGUCGUUGUCCAUCUUUGCUGGAUUGUGUCAUGGAGAGGAGAGAAAAGUGUGUUCUAGACAGUGACAAAUGUGGUCCCUGCAGACCCCAAUUUGAAGAAACAAAGUCUGGCAAAUGCAUAUUUAAAGAGAGACCUUCAAAGUUCAUGGGACCAGAUUCAAUAAUUGACUUAAUCCAAGAACACCGGAUGAACAAAGGUCACAGGAUAAACUCCACACCUGCAGCUUCUACCACGACCAGUACUGCCGGCUCCCCAGUUGGCACAUCAGUUGGAUUUAGACCUCAGCUUCAACACAAUACCACUGUGGCAGGAACGCCGCCACCGCUAGUGCCAACCUCUGCAUCCCAGAUGAAAGAGACUAAAAUGGGCAGGAGAAGGAAAUCGGAGAUCAACCAGACAAUGUCGCUAACCCUGAUCAUCAUCUGCAGCCUGACUGCCUUGUCCGGAAUCCUUGUAGCGGCUCUGUGCUGGUACAGGUUGCAGAAAGAGGUGCGACUGGCACAAGAGAUGGCAUAUAAAGCCUACAAGGGCAGCCGGCAGCACCCCUGCCAGAGGCCAUCUGCAGAUCAGAUGUCUCAGUACAUACAGCACUACAGCAGCCAGAAGAAGCACUUCCAGGUCCAGGAGAGCUGCAGGAAGCCUUGCCCGCAGCUCUCCACCGACUCAGAGGCCGACGCAGAGGAGUUUGACAUCUACGAGUGCCCCGGACUAGCACCGACCGGCGAAAUGGAGAUCCACAACCCUUUGUUUGACCCAUCAAGGACUGAUCAGUAACGUGGUGUGCAACCUGAAAAGUGUAUAUUAUAAGCUUAACUUUAUAAAGUGUAUAUCUGCAAGUA